AAACUGGAUUGUUUAUAAAGGAGCAACCUUCUCCGUCUCGGCCCGGCUCUUUUGACCGAAUAUCCGAGUUAUUCUGCUCGGCUGGUACGCCGUUUUGUUAUCACUCUACAUUAUAGUCUUCAACGAGGCCGAACUUGUUCGAUACGACAUUACAAGGCGAUUAUAUUUAGAUGACGUUUAAAAACCUACAACGCCCCUUUCUCAGCCGACCUUCCUCGCUCCCGAAUUCUUUCGGUGGUUUCCCUGGUAACCAGGAUGUUCACAGAGGAUUCAGCACACCAGGAUUUACACGCUCACGUGACAAAGGGCCCCCAAAGGAAUGUUUCUCUCGCCCACCCCAGGCGUGUUUCUCCAUGACCAUCACCCAACUCUCCACUCCUGGACCCAAACCUAUCGCUAAACCCAGGACUGCUCCUAUCAUCAACUAUCCUAAGCUCACUAAGAGACGCCCCAUGACAAGACCUAAACCUCCUCCCCCAGUUCAGAUAGCAGAGCCGGAGCCGGAGGUGGUGGAGGAUGAAACGUGUCCGGCAUGUCUACUGCUGAUGGAGUACGGGGUCAGCGAGAGUGAUCUGGAUAGUUUGGAGCCCUGUCUUGCAGACCUCAGUGACAGAGACGACUCCAGUGAUCUGAGAGAUGAGGUGGUUGUUGAGUCUAUCACAUCAGCGAACUCAGAGCGUUUGUCCAAUCUGAACGGUCGAGGUAAUGACUCAAGUAAAGCUCUGUACUACACCCUUGCUUCUUCUACUGUUCUUGAGAAGAACAACUUCAGUGGAAAUACUAGGGAACUUGACAAUGUAUUUCUAGCAGCUGCUAAGUAUGGGGACAUGGACAUACUGCUCCGAACCUUAGACAGACACAGUAUCAAUAUAAACGUACGGGACGAAACUAACGGGGACACCGCCCUCCUUCUUGCUGCAAAAGGAAACAACUCUAAGGUGGUAGAAGCGCUGGUAGAGAGAGGAGCUGAUGUGACACUCCUGAACGAGGAUGGUAAAGGGGCUCUGGAUCUAGCCUCCAACUAUCUCCGACUCUCCGUCCUGUCGAAGUACCCAAAGAGUCCGGCUCAUUCCGCAGUAGCCGUCAUAAAGGCAGCAUGGCAAGGAGAUAUCGUGUCUCUUAAGAACAUACUGGCUACCCAUUCAGGGGGUAAUGUGCUGGAUAACAUGACGGAGGAGGGACUAACGCCACUUCUAGUUGUAACCCGGGACAUUAACACCUUCCUCAGAUUACAGCGGUCGAUCAGACUGAGUUACGAUCCAACUAAAUGCAUCCAGGAGCUCCUGAAACACAAAGCAAACGUGAACGCUACAGAUAUGGAGGGGCACACUGCACUGCACUUUGCUACCCGGAUAUCGGCACAGAAACUCUGCAGAGACAUUGUCGAACUGCUCCUUCUUCACAGACCUGUUAUAAAUAUCCUGGACCGAACGAAUCUAGCACCACUACACACGGCAACUAAUAAUGAUAAUGUGGCGGUAGUGGCGGCGCUGGUAGCCGCCGGCGCUAAUCCUAACCUUCACGGUAUAGGUGGUGCCACACCUCUUCAUAUCGGAGCUCAGCAAGAGAACGAGGAUAUCAUCAGGAAGCUGGUGUUAGCGGGUGGAGAUGUAAAUGCUCUGGAUAGUGCCGGUAUGACUCCUCUCUGUGUUGCAAGGAGUCACAAGAUAAGGGAACUCAUGAGAUCUCUAUUUGCGGACUUGGCAGCGGACAAGGGACUGGAAAUAAAACUGAAGUAUGACGAGCUAAUGAGCAAGAGGAAGUUACAGAAGAUGUUGGAACCCCCUCCCCCUCCCCCUCCGGAACCAAAGGAGAAGAUGGACACUGGGAGACCCGAUUAUAAACCUCUUCAGAGAGCACUCAUCAACGAUGCGUACCGGAACAAGUACGAUUACGACGUUAACAAGCGAGUACCCCGGCUGGUGGAAGGCAAGAGACUGGAUUACAACGCUCGGAGACGCUCCUCGGACAAAUCCGUUGUUAGUUUAUUCCCACGUAUCGAGCCGGAGAAUCCAGUUUUACUGUUGAAGCGUCACAUGAACAGUCCGAUAGAGGUGCCCAUCAUGCAGAGACAACAGUCCCGCCUGAAGCCCAACGGUGUGUUCAUCACCCAGAACUCUUGUCAGAAGAGCGGACUCACUGAUAUACCCAAGACCCGGCCCCCCAUCCCAAAACACACGUGUGGAUUCGUUAAACCAGACCGAAAUGGUAGCGAUAAAACCCGAAAAUCAGAUAAAGAAAGCAACGCUUCCGGUGGGAAUAACAACAAAGUGCCGGACAAUGAGCAAUGGUUACCCGGAGCCCCAAUGAUACUGAACGGAAGUGACGGUUCACGUUCCCGUCCAACAAGCGCUGUGACCGGGUCCUCCUCCCAGUCCUUCAAGGGUCCUAAAAUACACCUGAAACACGUGUUGAGGAACAUUCUAGCAGCUAGCAAAGGAAUGCACCAUGAGAAUCUGCUGGAUAGAUACGUACAGCAACAGAGACCUAUAAAAGUUAAAGAGAUGGGGUUUGUGGACUUCUUGCUGCAAGAUGAUGACCCUGACAAGGUGAGCGAAGCGAGCUCCUCUAUAAGAUCUCAUAACUUCUCAGACAGCUCCUCGAUGUCGGGUCAGAGCAUGACAAGCGCAUCAGCAGAACCCGCCGCAGAACCCUCCGCAACCCCAGAAACCAUCACCGCUUCUCGGAUAUCAAUCGGGGAAACCACCCCGGAAAUGCCGUCAGUAAAUCUUCCCAAGUUGAGACAAUUUCCAGCUCCUGCUGCCUCGCAAGAUCAACCCCUCAGGGCAUCUACUAAACCUGUGGUGGAAAGAAUUAACGGUUCAGUCUCAAAAGAGAGGAGGGGCUCUAUUACUAAAGAGAGGAGGAGUUCUAUAACUCGUCCACAUGAUUUGAUACUCAGACGAAACUCGAACGACGACUGCAGAAAAAUGUCAGUUGUGAACAUAGCAUCCCCCUACAACUCGCCCUCAGAAACCCCUAAAAUCUCAAGCCGUUCCUCCAAAGACUCUGGUUACGGCAGCCUAGCAACCAGCAGCCUAGCAACCCUCCUCAACCGUCCCACUGAGCAGGAGACCCCGGAGGAGACGGCUCCAAAACACGUGACCGCUGUAGUGGUGAGCCAGGAGUCACGUGGUGACGUGGAGAAGGACGGGGACUCUGACAGUGGGUCUGAAACUGAGGUUGAGGAAGAUGAAAAUGUGAAGUCGGGUGAAAUCACGCUGAAAAAAGAGGCGGAGGAGAGAGAGGCCAGCUUACCUGAAGUUGAAAAGUCGGUUGAGGUUGAAGAACCUGAGGCUAUGGAGGAAGCUGGUCCUAUAGUCGGUGUCAAUCAUAACAAAGUCCUGCAGUUACAAGGGCAGCGGAUUAAAUCAGUUCCAAAGCUGUCUAACAGCAACAAUCGCCCAAACAAGUUCAAGGAACUGACAUUCAAGAAAAAAGUGUACAGUCGUCGUCUUCCUCAGAUCAAGGAAGAGAAUAGAACAUUGAAGAGAGGUGACUCGGCAAUAUCCCGGUUCAAGAAGAGGGAAAGGAGGGCGACGCGCAGUGCCAAGAGUGGUACUUCUGAGUCUUCCGGGGAGAAAGAGAACACUCCUAAUCAGAACGUGUCUCGCCCUGGUACUGUACCCUCGAAACCAGUACUUGGAGUAAACCUCCCCUCCAAACACAAACCACGCCCCAAAACCAGCGACUCCAGAUCAGACAAAUCCUCACCCCAAGAACCGGAGGACCCUGACAAAAUUUCUGAAGACAAGAUAACCGCGGAACUAGACCAGAUAACAAGGCACGACAAGAAUCUGCUGAAGAGACUGUCCACGAUGAAGGAUCUAGACGCCCUGGUGUCGACCAAUCCUCUUCAGCUUGUGAGCAAGCAGAUUGUGGAGGUUAUAGGAGAAGCUCCGGGUGAUGUUAGGUUCAAUGAUAAUAGGUCCUUGUGGAGUGACAAGAAAUCUGUUAUGACUAGCUUCACAGGCACGACCAGGAUUGAGAGUAUAAUGGGUGACACUACCCAGUGGAAGAAGGGACGCUUGUUAGGGUCAGGUGGAGGUGGUAAAGUUUGGUACGGCAUGACUCAGGAGAAGAUCGAGGUAGCAGUGAAGCAGAUAGAACUGUACGGAGAGCACGAGGAAGCUAGGGACGAGUACAUUGAGCUCCAAGAGGAAGUGAAACUGCUCAAGUGCCUGAAACACGACAAUAUCAUUCGGUACUACGGCACGUGUUUACAGGACAACUGCGUGAACAUCUUCAUGGAGUACAUCGACGGUGGUUCACUAGCAUCUCGUAUCAAAAAGCUAGGCAGUCUUCCUGAACGAACAAUACAGAGCUACACUUUCCAACUAUUGGACUCCUUAAAAUACAUCCACGCUAAAAACAUCGUCCACCGCGACAUCAAGGGACAGAACAUCCUCGUUACAAGGGACGAUCAGAUCAAACUGAUCGACUUUGGGUGCGGUAAACGUUUGCGGAGGAGCAUGCACAACGCGGACGCACUGAAAACAAUGCGAGGUACUCCGUACUGGAUGUCACCUGAAGUGAUUACUGGUAACGGUCACGGCAUCAAGUCAGAUAUCUGGAGCUUAGCUUGUACCGUAUUCGAGAUGUUGUCCGGGCACCCUCCUUGGCACACUCUGCCAACAAUGGCUGCUAUCUACAAGAUAGGAACCGGCCGUUUGCCCGCAUAUCCUGAUAACGCAUCUGAUUACUGCAUCGACUUCAUGAAGGCUUGCUUCAUUGUGGACACUAAAGAAAGGCCUUCUGCAGAAGAGUUGUUGAAGCACGAAUUUAUCGAACUUUACAGUAACCGAUUAAAAAACUGAUGUUCGUGUAAAUGUUAUUGGUAUCAUUGCUAGGAAUACAAUUUGACUUCAGAAAUAAUCCGGAGCUGUAGAGGGGGGUGGGUCAUGAGUAUUUUUGAAAGCCCCGACAAAAAUGGUCAAAUUCUCAGAUUCAAAAAUUCUCAAAAAUACUCAUGACCCCCCCCCCCCCCCUGUAGAAUUGUGUAACGUUAAUGUUGGACUGGAUUUGAAACUAAAUUAUUCGUCACUAGCUAUAUGCCCGUCCUACGUACAAUUAGUCCUGCUUUGAAAAUACAAAUCCGUUUUAAGACAAAUUCAAGCCACCCAGCUUAAACAUUCCAUUUCGAGCACUCCAUAAACCAUGUAUAAACCUUGUAUCCCUUCUGUAAUAUGUUUUACACAUAGCUAUUGUGUCAAAAUUACACUAGCGUAAUCGUUCGGAAACCCCCCUCCCCCUCGGCUGAUUACGUUAUAUGUGAACGACCCCUAUUAAGUUUAAAGAUUUAAAAAGGGUUUGGGGAAAUAGAUAAUAUCGAUAACGUAGCUUGAUUGGACAAGGCCUUAUAGUUAUUUAAAACGGUAAAGUUUAAUGUUUAAUUGUUUAUCGUGUUCACAUUAUCGUAAUUAUUAUGCCAGUUUAUUGUUGAAAUUAUUAUUGUCAGUUUCAAAAAUUGACGAGUUAGUCUUUGACGAGUCAAAAUUUUAGAAACAGUUAAAUUUACGAUUGAUAUCGAUUUUAUAUAAUGUUUUAGUUUUCCAUCUCAAAUUUUAAUUACGUUAUACUUCUAGUU